AGACGCAACAAAAGUGUAGAUCGAGCGGCGUAAAAUUAAUAUAAGUAAUAAUGAGUUUCACGCGCAGCUCGCUGCGCUAUGCGCACACCAAUGGCUACACAGGACUCUUGUACACCCCGAAAGGUGACUUUAUCAUAACCUGUGGCACGGACGGCGACAUUCGCCACUGGACCUGCAUCAGCGAUGACGAUCCUCGAUCCACUUGCCUGGGAGAGUUUGUCAUGUGCAUUGCACACACGGGCAGCCGCCUGCUGGCAUCCACAGACCGUAAUACAGUUCACGCUUACACCUUCCCGGAAAUGGACAGCGAUGGCAUCCUGAUGCGAUUCACUGCACCCGCGACAUGCCUGCGUGUCUGUGGCGAGUACACUGCAGCUGGCAGUGAGGAUACCUCCAUUAAGGUGCUUCGUGGUGACAGUGCCGGGGCUGAGACAACGCUGGAGGGACACAAGGGUCCCAUAUUGGCGCUGGAUGUGCACGCCGAGCGACAUUUAUUGGCCUCCAUAGCCGGUGAUGGUCAUCUCAAGGUCUGGAACUUUGAAACUGGCGAGGAAUUGAAGUCACUCAAUGGUCUGCCGCGUUCCAACAGCUUUGAGAGCACAAGCCUCUUUGGUACGCCCACUUUUGAGCCACAGCGCGGCGAGCAAUUGGCCUAUGCUCUGGACAAAGAGAUCAUAGUGCUGAACACAACGAACUGGGAAGUCUCCUACAGGCUGCAGGAUGAUCGUGUGUCCAGUAACUACAGCUGCUGUCAGUUCUCGCCAAAUGGCGAACGUCUGGCAGCUGGAACGACGAGUGGAGAACUCAGCAUCUUUGAUGUGCAACGUCGCAAGGCGUUGCAGGUGGAGACACCACCAAGCGAUUGCAAGGCCAUCACGUGCUUGGCCUGGAAUACGGCCAAUGUGGAUGAGGUGGCAUUUUGCGAUGCUACUGGUCAACUGGGCACCAUAUUCCUAGGGGACGAUGAACCACAGGAUGGCGCACAAAAUGGUCUGGAAGAGGAGCAGGAUGAGUUUCUCGGUGGCACUGACUAUGAGUUUGAGCAGGGCGACAAUGGAGAUUUGGAUGAUGUGGACGAUGGUGAUGGCGUUAGUUUGGAGCAACUCAAACGCAAGGUGAUGAGAGGAGUCGAACCUGAUGCUCUGGAGGAUGACAACUCCAAGCACUCGAUAGUGAGCAGCAGAGCUUCGCUGCCCGCUCCGCAGUUGAAACUCUUCAAGCAGCAGUCGGCAUUUCAGCCAGGAGCAACGCCCCACGAUCUGGAGCAUCGUUAUCUGGUGUGGAACGAUGUGGGCAUUGUGACGGCACACACGGAGCCCAGCGGCGACGGUGCCAUUGAUGUGGAAUUCCACGAUGCCAGUGUGCAUCAUGCGCUGCAUCUCAGCAAUAACUACAAUCAACAUAAUCUGGCCAGUCUCAGUCGCAGUGCCUUGGCCCUGGCCUCCAGCGAGUCCAGCAAGCUGGUGGUGAUUGCUUUGGCCGCCGCCGGCAACAAGGAGUGGUCACUCAGCCUGCCGGAUUGCGAGAGUGUGGACGCAUUGGUGUCCACCAGUCAACUGAUUGCUGUGGCCACUAGCAAUCACUUUCUGCGCCUCUUCAGUGUCAUGGGCACACAGCGCGAGGUGCUGAGCAUUCCGGGACCCGUGGUGGCCUUGGCCGGACAUGACAAUAGCCUGUUGUGUGUCUACCAUGCCACGGGCAGCAGCCAGACCCAACAAUAUCUGUCGGCAAUGCUGGUCAGUGUCAGUGGACUGAGCUUGCGCGUGGAGCAGCUGCCGGUGCCACUGACGCCGGGACGACAACUCAGCUGGCUGGGCUUUACGGAUGUGGGUUCGCCCAGUUUCGCGGACAACAUGGGACUGGUGCAGCUGUAUCGGCGGGCGAGCAAUGCCUGGUUCCCCAUCUGCGAUACCAUGAAGCAGAGCGCCAGUGUGUCCAAUAACUACUUUGUGGUGGCGCUAUCCGAGGCGAGGCAGAUAAUCCAGGCGGUUCUCUGCCGUGGCAGCUCCUAUCCCAUGACCAAUCCGCGUCCCAUGCUGCAGGAGCUGCGCAUGCAACUGCCGCUGUGCGACAUUGAGCUGGAGAAGUCGGAACUGGAGGACACACUUUUGCGCGCCAGCAUCAUGCAGGUGGAGGGAGCCGAAAAGGUGCAGAAGGAGAUGGCCAUCAAGCUGUUUGCUCUGGCCUGCAGCAGUGAGUGUGAGACGCGUGCCCGGGAACUGGUGGAGUCGAUAGCUUGCACUGAUCUCCUGCAACUCGCUGUCAAGUAUGCCUCAAAGCGUGGACGCAUUCAUCUGUCGGAUCGGCUGUGCGAGCUCCUGCCGCAACUGGAGGCUAUCCAAGAAGCGCGAAAGCAACAGCAAAUGCUGGGAGCCAAUGGAAUCGCAGCGACCAUUGUGCUGCCCAUGGCCUCCACAUCCACAUCGUCAGCCACGACCACUCCCAAACUUGCGCCCAAGGCCAUGGAGCUAAGCGCCUCCAAGCGCGGUGCUCUUAAACGUUUCUCCAACUCGCCGAGUCUGUUCAAGGCAGCAGCGGCAUCGCGUCCAGCUACACCAGAUGUCACCACUGGACCACUGGACACGCAGGAGAACAUGUUUGGCGAGUCCGAGUCGCAGCAGAGCGAAUUACUGUCUAGCAAAACAAAUGUGGAUGCAGCUGGAACCGGAGAUCAACAGCGCACGCCUCUUAACUCGGUCAAUCCAUUUGCUAUGAAGCGCAAACUGGUUGAUACCGGCGUCAUAUUUGGUUCCGAGAAACUGAAGCUGGCUAAGAAGUGAGCUUUUAUCAUUUUAAGUUAGUGCUGUAAGAUUUUAGAGAUGUACGAAAUUCAAUAAAUUGUUUUAUGAUUGAAAUAAAAAAAUUAUUGCUAAAAAUUUUAAA